AUGAAGCUCUACCUAGGUGCCGUAGGCCUUGCCACCUUGGCUUGGGCUCACGAAAACGACAACAUCAAAGCCAAGGAUAAUACCUAUGAAUACAUUGUUGUCGGCUCGGGACCUGGAGGUGGUCCUUUAGCUGCCAACAUUGCCAGGAGCGGUCAUUCAGUACUUCUUCUCGAAGCUGGUGACGAGUAA